UCCUGGUCCGUGCGAGGCGCUGGCGUGGCGGCUUCAGCGGCGGGAGGAUGCGGGCGGCCCCCGGGGCGCAGCCGGCCCGGCCCUUCAAGCUCAGGAAGAGUCUCGCCACCCGGCGGGAAGAAGUAGCAGGAAUCCGAGCCAAAUUCCCCACAAAAAUCCCGGUAAUUGUUGAGCGAUACCAUAAAGAGAAAUACCUUCCUCUCUUGGACAAAACCAAGUUUCUCGUUCCCGAGGAGCUGACCAUGGCACAGUUCAUAACCAUCAUCAGAAGCAGGAUGGCUCUAACAGCUACACAAGCCUUCUACCUCCUGGUGAACAACAAAAGCCUAGCCAGUAUGUCCUUGACAAUGACAGAAGUGUACAGGGAUUACAGAGAUGAAGAUGGCUUUGUGUAUAUGACCUAUGCUUCUCAGGAGAUGUUUGGAUGCAUUUUAYCCGCUGUCCAUGGGAAAACUAUGGAAUGCUUUCAGAAAACUUAAGACUGGGUCCAUAUGCUACAGCAAAGCAGUUUGCUCUGAAUAAUGCCUGUGACAUGAACCUCGGAGAUGGUCCCUCCAGUGUGAGCUCUUGAGCUCUGUAGUGGGGAGUCAUGACCCAAAGGCUGGCAGGAUCAGCUUAAGGCAGAAAUGGUGGUACACUUUCCCUAGGUAAUGAUUUGGAUAUAUAUUUUUAUAUGUAAAGACACUGUGGGUUUGGGUUUUUUCCUUUUGAGCUGCACCUCCACUUUUUUGCAAUAUCAGUCUUUGUUGUGCAACUGAUUUUUAAGGUCUCCUGAAAGCCUAAGUCUAAGAGUAAAAUAAAGAACCUUUUAACUAUUGAGUUGAAUGCUAGUUUUUAUCUGGGGAAAGACUGUAUAAAUUAAAAAUAUAGAAGAUCCUAUAAUAAUUCAGGAAUUUGAACUCAAUGCCUUUAAAAUGAAGAACUGCUUGCACAGCUACUCUGAAUUUUUGAAUGGAAUAUCAAAACUUAGGUCAUGUCACCCAUGAGCAAAACCAUACCUAUGAAAGGUUCAUUAAGCUAGGUAUCUGAGCUGUGAGAUCAAGCAGUAGUGCCGGAGCAGUGUUAAGUUUAACACCUGAAUAAACUGUCAGCUGUUACAGAAAACACUAUCUGUGGUAUAGAUAACUAUUUGUUUAAAUAAGCAAACUGAUUGCUAGUCAGCAUAACUGAAAUGCAGAUAGCAGGACUUGAAGAGUAAUCAGAUUUCAAAAGUUUUUUUCUUGCUGCUGAAUUUUGCUAGCAUGGUUACUAUAGAUACUGUUGUAUCCAUCCCCUGAAGGACUUCAGUGGGCCUUCUCUCAAAGAUAGAGCCAAGUCAUGUACUUUGUGAUUAAAAGAUAUUCCAGAGUUUCUAGAMAAUGUUGAAAAUAUCAAAAAUAUAAUGUACUAAGAUGUUGAUUCAUCUUAAUAUAGAGGCUGGCUUCCUAUAAAUGUGUGUUAAAGGGAGACUUGACAUGAGCCUUUGAAGUAUAGCUCAAGCUGUCUUUCCUGUCUGUGAGAAAUGUAUUGCAAAGUUGAAAAUGCUCUGAUCAUACAUGACCAACUAAAACCACCAGGUAAUUAAAAAAUCUGUCACAGUCUGCAGUUUAUUCAUCUAUGGCAGCCUCAGUUUAGGAUUGGUCAAAUUGUUACAAUAUGAUGCAAUUCUUCUGUUCAGUACUAGACUGAUUUGCAGAAUGAUGAAUGGAGGAAUGACUAGACUGUGAAGAAAGAAGUGGUGACAGUAUUUAAAUUAUGUAUAAGGAAGGAAUGUAUGUGUAGGCUUUUUGCAGUGGUUCUCUUGCAUUAAUAAUCUCUUGAACAUGAAGCUCUGAGCAGACCAGGUUUGGGCCUCUAAACCAGGAGAUUUGGAGGAGUACCUGCCUUAGUGAAGGUGAUGUUUGCUGACUUGUGUGUCAUGAGCUGAGGAACAAAGAAAUCAUUGAACUGACCUGUGAAAAGGAUAAGGCUAUGYUGGCACAGGUUAUGAAAACAUGUGGGCUUUGGGAUCCCAGAAUCAGUUGCUUGGAUGUAUUUCACUUAUGCUUGUAAUGGAAACAGUUUCCAUUGCACAAAUUGAACYCGAAUUUGUUACCACCCAUCAGGGAAGCAGAGACACCUGCUUGGCAGGAGCACCACGCAGCAAUGCUGGACAGCUAUGAGAACCUUGGGGUGGGAGRAGCAAGGGGAGACUAUGUGUUCAAGCUCUCUUGCCAGUCUACUGCUGGGCUAAUAUUUUGCUUCAUGGGCUCCUCUGUUUUCCUGUCUUGUGUGAUACUUGGUACAUAAAGAGAGAAGCACUAGUUUCUUGGCUGGAGCAAUUUUGUCUGACAGCCAACUUUGGUUUGUAAUGUARUGGUUGAGGUGUAAGUGUUGAUCCCUCCAGCACUUUUUGACAUUAGGCUAUGGUGUCUACAGGCUGAGUCAUAGAUCCAGCCAAAAAAAGUUAUACAAGGAGAAGGUCAGUUGCAGUAAAGAGCAUCCUUAUAAACCUGUUUAAACAGAUGUGAUGGACCUAGAAAGAAGUCCUGUGAACUGGGAAAGUAUCACUGGGUAAUAGUAAUAGACUUGCCUUUCUAUCAGACAUUGAAGAUAGGAUAUUAACAACCAAAGACUUUUCACAAAGUCUAAAAAUAAUAAACUAGGGGUUGCAUGCCCUGUUGUCCUGCUUGUAGAAUUGCUUUGGUGUGAUUAGGUUUGAAUUUAACCUAUUCUCUCUUGAAGUGCAAAGAACAAGGAUUAGAAAAGAAGCAAACAGAAUAACUUUGCUCUGACUGACAAAUGCUACUGAGACAACUGCAGCUACCUCAAUGUAGUUGCUAUUUGAACAGUUAAUAUUUGAGCAAAUACUUACUGAUUAGAAACAGGUAUUAGAAACAGGUACUUUUUUUUUCAAUGAAGGGGACACAAUGCUGUGGUAAGUAGAUUUUAUACUUACCAAUGUAUCAUUAAUGUUUUCCAAUGUACCACUAAUGUAAAAAGAGAAGGCAGAGAUGCCUUUUGUUUUUAAAAGUAUCUUCAUGGUAUGGACAUGUGUUCAUUCCACCAGAGAACAGAAAACAUUCUGAGGAUAUCUGUUUCUUCCAUAGACUACCAGCUAAAUCCCAGAAGAUGCUAAGUGCUCUGGCUUUAAAGCACUUACGUAUGUACAUGGUCUGCUAAAGGACCUUGUUAGGCUGGGUCUCAUGGCUCUUACCCCUUUGUGAGACUAAGUGCUGUGCUUCAUUUUCAAAUAUGAACCCAAUCAACCUGAAGGAUAUUACCUGAAUAUUAGCAUGGUAUGAGGGCCUUUCUGGAACAGUGAUCCUUGAGGGAAGCAUGUCUUACAGCCAUCUACAAUUACAACUACACUCUGUGCACAAUGCUUUAUGGAGUGCAAAUUGACAUUUGUUGCUGCAAGGCAAACAUGAGAGCCUCAGCUUGGGCUUUAGCACACAUAAGCAACAGAAGGAGCUUUCCAAACUGUUUGGAUUUAAAAAUGACUUAACAUUAUGUUUUGAUAUAAUAAAUAAAUGAAUAGAAAUACUAAUCUUAUUCAAGGCAACAACUCUUGUGAACUUAAAUGGGCUUUUUAUCAUUUUCCCAUGCUAACUAUAGUGGUAGUUUCAGGAUAAAAAUAUUUUUAGAAGGURCACAGUUGAACACACUAAGUGACAGAUGGUAUCCUCUGCUGCAAAUUAGGUACUUUGUUUAGGUAAGAUUUGGUAAAUUAAGAAGGUAAAAUGAGACAAUAGGACAGAAUAAUACCUUCAGCAUUGAAGUGCCCUGCUAUAUUUCCCUUUCAGGAAAGCCUGUAGAGAAAUUAUAAGGAGAAAACAAAAACACCUAAGCAAGACAGAUUUUUUCAGUGUUCAACUUAGGCACUGUGAAACAGAAGGGGUAAGAGUGGGAGGCUUUCUAUGGGAAAUAGCAAGGGAUCCCUGAGGGUGAUUGAGAAAUGCUGUUUCAUUUAUGUUACAGUGCAACAUAUAUACAAAACUUGUACUAGCAUACAAGCUUGCCUCAAGAACCGCUGUUCCAGACAGAUUUCAAGACAAAUCUUCUGAAUCUUAAAAUAGCCCCUUUUUUCACAGAUUCGA